GACGGACAGGGAGAGUGAGUGCCUGACUGUGUUACAUCGGGCCAGCUGAGCUGCAACUAACACUGACUCUGCCAAGGAGAAGAACAGGGCAAAAAUGGGCUCUUUUGCAGUGGCCAAUGGCUGGGACAGGAUACUAAACUACAGGACUCUGAACAACAGAGACAAAGAUGUGGUCGGCCUCGACUGCCUGCCAGGGGAGCGUGUGGUCCAGAGGGCGGUGUUGGUGAGGAAGAAGCUGUGUGCUGUGGAGGGAGGCGGCUGGCUGGAUGGCACCCUGUUCUGCACCUACUUCAGACUGGCGUUCGUGCCCCAGGGGGGCCAGACGCGGCGCGGCAAUGCAGAUCCUGUUCUUCUCGGGGAGCAUGACGUCGCGCUGACCUCCAUAGAGAAGGUGGUUGCCGUGGGGCCAUCCCGGGCCAAGCAGGUGACCCCCAGCACCUCCCUCAGGUUCACCCCCGAACAGCUGGUCCUGUACUGCCGGGACAUGAGGGUCCUCUGCUUCCUGUUCGACCGACUCACCCCCGAGACCCAGGUCAUGCAGAUGACCUACACCCUCGCCAGGGCAUAUCAGCCGCUGAGCCCUGCGACUGUGUGCUCCUUUCAGAACGCCGCCCUGGGAAACACAGAGAUGAAGCAGUUGCUUAGCAACCGCAGAAGGGACCCCGACAUGAACUGGUUCGAGGGCGUGGCCGACUGGGAGGCGGAGCUAGAGCGGACGGGGGCCACAGGCUGGAGGGUCAGCAGCGUCAACGAUCGCUUUGAGAUGGCCCCCAGCCUGCACAGGUAUAUUGUGGUCCCGCAGAAGGUUCUGGACACGGAGCUGAAGAGAACCUUUGCCCACUUCCACGAGGGACGCAUCCCUCGGUGGUGCUGGCGUCAUCCGGCGGGCAGUGACCUGCUGAGAAUGGCCGGUUUCCAGAACAACAUCUACCACGAGAAGGACGACAUCAGGAACCUGGAGACCCUCCUGUUUGGUGGGCAGCGGAGGUGUGUGGUGGUGGAGCUGGGGGAGGAGAUGCCCUCGCUGGGGGAGGUGCAGCUGGCGCACACACGCCUGCGGGCUCUCUGCUUGGGGGAUAUCUCCUCCUCGCUCUCUGUACCUGAUGAAAAAUGGCUGUCUUCCCUCGAGGCCACAAGGUGGCUGGACCAUGUCAGGUGCUGCCUGCAGAAAGCCGCAGAGGUGGCCUGUCUGCUCAGAGACGGCCACCUGUCUAUCAUCCUGCAGGAGCCGGAGGACCGGGACAUGGCCGGGGUGGUGAGCGGUCUGGUCCAGGUCAUGUGCGACCCGCACUGCCGCACGCGGCGCGGGUUCCAGGGGCUGGUGCAGAAGGAGUGGGUGGUGGCUGGGCACCCCUUCCUCAGCCGCGGAAACUACUACCAGAACCGAGACCGCGAGGAGGCUCCAGUGUUCCUGCUCUUCCUGGACUCGGUGUGGCAGCUGUGGGCUCAGUUCCCCUCCUACUUCCAGCUGACGGAGGAGUACCUGCUGGCCCUGCAGGACAGCACUCACCUGCCCCUCUACAGCACCUACCUGCAUGACUGCCAGAGAGAGAGGGGCCGCCGCUCACAGCACCUGCCCCAGAGCUACACGCCCAUAAAUGGCUGGAGGGAGGGGCUAGCCGGUGACUCUUACCCGAUGGACCCACCCCUCCCACCUGUGUGGGACUGGGCCCUGUGGUACAGCCCUGAGAGGCUUGACCGUUUCACUCACCCUGUGGCAAUACCCACCUUGCCCCUGCCCAUACCAAAUGGGAACAUCAGUGCCAGCCAGGGUGAUGGGGUCCCCGGGUGCGUGUUCCUCCUGUCCCGCGGAGGGUUCUCCUCCCCCUCCCUACUCCUUCCCUGGCGGGACGGUGGGGGCGGGGUUAUGGGCGGGGUCCCCGCCCGGAGGAGCCACCGCCACACCCCGCCCCCAGAGAGCUCGACCGGACUGGAGCGGCUGCUGACGGGCGUGUCCACGCCCCCCUCAGGCCCCCAGGGGCCCCUCCUGCCCCUCCUCUUCAGCCCCUGUGUGGGAAUAUGGAGGGCCUGCUACCUGCGCGGGCCACUCCAGGCACAGGCCUUCUCCCACCCUGCACCUGUGUCUGGCCGCCCGUUGGAGGUUUUGGCAAGAGAGGUGGACAAACUCAGGGCACAGCUGGCAUCGGUGGGAAGCAUCUCCAGGGAGCUGGAGUCACCUGACCAGGACGUCAGCCUCCACCGAGAAGACAGCAACGGUACCCUCCUCCACGUCCCAGAAUCCCAGAGCUCGGUCUUUGCUCUCCUGGACUCCCUGCAAAACUCUCACCUGGCUGAACUCGAAAGCACCAUCCUCUUCAGUGCCACCUAGCCCACGGUACAAGCACCCCCCCCCAAAAAACAAAACUCUGCCCCUGCUAAAUAGAUAGUCCGAAACUGACCCAUGGUGCACGCCAAAAUGUCCACCCACUGCAGCUCCUUCCCCUAGAGCUUGGAGAACCAUUGCCGAGCAACCCCCUACUGGAGACCUGGGACUGUAUUUACAGUGUAUCAAUAUAUCAAUAUCAAUCGUUACUCAAUCGUUAUUCAAUAUUUUCACUGUUGCUCAUCUUAUCUUACAAUUUG